AUGAUUUUAUUUGAUCACAUAAUAACCAUGAUGCUAUUGUUACUUCGUAUUAAUUAAGUUUUAAGCAAUGUAGUUAAAAACGAAAUCCAUUAAAUAUUUUCUAAUACAAUUGUAAAACAAAAAAAAUGUCUCUUCAUUCCUCAUUCGGCUAUGAUAGUCUUCGCUCAGCCAUUUUUGCCAAAGCCAUUAAAAAGUGUGAAUAAAUUUAAAAUGAGUAUUAUUCAUCAGAAAGUUGUUCAGAUAUUAAGAGUAGCAUCUCUUCCGAUUCAGAAAAGCACAUCUUUGACAGAGAAUUUGCUUCAGAAUCAGCUGAAUCAAAAAUUGUCUUCAAUAAUCAAGAAUCUCCUCUCUCUUAGUUUAAUACUCAACAAUGAAUAUAAAUAAAUAAACAAUUAUACAAAAAUACAUAAUCACUCAUUCCAACUCCUAAGCUCUUCAGCUAUGGAUAUAAACAAUCUUAGAAUCAUAUUGUAUUCUCUUUUAACAAAAACAGUUAUAAAAUGA